AUGGGCCGAUCUCCCUGCUGUGAUAAAAUCGGAGUAAAGAAAGGUCCAUGGUCUCCUCAAGAAGAUCGAAUACUCAUUCAUUUUAUUCGCAUGAAUGGCCAUGAGAAUUGGCGUGCACUGCCUAAGCAAGCAGGACUGUUAAGAUGCGGUAAAAGCUGUCGUCUAAGGUGGGUUAAUUACCUCAGACCAGACAUUAAACGUGGGAAUUUCACUUCUGAAGAGGAGGAGACUAUUAUUAAGCUUCAUCAACUUCUGGGCAACAGGUGGUCGGCCAUUGCUUCACGCCUUCCUGGAAGAACAGAUAAUGAGAUUAAAAACUUGUGGAAUAUUCAUUUAAAGAAGCGGGUGGGACUUGAUCCUGAUUCACACAAUCUGUCAAGCGAAAACCUUUCAUCUAUAAAUAGUAUAGAUAGUGAGCUUGUGAAUGAGAAUUCAAGUUCAACUUUAGAUUGGCUUGAAUCCAGUUCAAUAAAUUCCUUUGAUGACCCAUUUAUUAUUGAAAAGCAGGAGUAUGCAACCGAAAGGAGGACAUAUGAGGCAGUGUGGGAGGAUAGCUCAAAUGGGGAAGCUCACUUUAUCACGUCAGACUAUCUAGAAGAUGAUUUCAUGAGCUGCAUGGAUGGUGCCGAUACAGAUCCCCAUUUGCUAAAAAAUACAGAUGGUGCAAACAUAGAUUCCCAUUUGCUAAAAGACUUAGAGUUGCAGAGUAAUACUGAUGAUUCAGAUUGCUUUGGUUACUUUGAGGCAAGCCAGGGCAUGACCCACGUUAUUGUAGGCCUCUCUGCUUCAUUUGGGGCCCUUGCAAAUGGAGUGAUUGAAACUUUCCAGCUGCUUGUUUUCCCAUGGGGGGGAGGGGAAAUUAGUACAAAUUGA